GGGUUGAUUCACUGUUAGCUGAUGGACAAUAUACAAAAGAAGAUCUAUGCUUCUCGUUACAGGAAACAGUAUUUGCAAUGUUAGUGGAGACUACUGAACGUGCCAUGGCUCAUUGUGGCUCUAAUGAAGUUUUGCUUGUUGGUGGUGUUGGUUGUAAUGAAAGGUUACAAGAAAUGAUGAGGAUCAUGACAGAGGAACGUGGUGCUAAACUGUAUGCAACUGAUGAAAGGUUCUGCAUUGAUAAUGGUGCUAUGAUUGCUCAGGCUGGUUGGGAAAUGUAUCAAUCUGGUCAAGUCACAAACUUUGAAGACACAACUUGCACACAAAGAUAUCGAACAGAUGAAGUUGAAGUUACUUGGAGAAACUAAGAUUUGUCAUAUGAAAUUCCCUG